AUGGGAACACUCUCUACCUCUCACACUUAUCCACUCCCACUUUUUUCCUCCGCGCCCAUUCUCAAUCUCUUUCCUUCUCGUCAUAAAACCUUUUCUGUUCUUCAAGCUGCAAAUUCAAAUUCAAAUUCAAUUUCAGCCUCAAAUUCUUCCCAUGCCCAUGCCUAUGACUUCGAUCCAGAGCUGCGAUCGGUGCUUGAACUUGCCACCGAUUCCGAGUUGUUAGAGAUUGAAACUAUCCUUUUCGGCCCAAGCUACUUCAGUCCUUUGCUCAAAUCCAUCCCAUUCUCAAACACAACAGACCUCGACCGUUCCAUGAUUGGAGUCGACCUCAGCCUACGCCAACAAUUUAUAGCUGCUCUCGAGUCCCGAUUUUUCUUCCUUGCUGCUGAUGCCCGCUCCACAUUAAGGGGUUGGAGGCCAUCUUACAGAAAUGUCUUGCUUCACAUCAGGAAAAAACUUGAUAUUCCUUGCUCAACCCGAUUGUCAACUCACGACCUUGAACUAGAGAUUUUCCUCCACCUUUUGCACUGCAACUCUACUGAAGAACCAGGAAACUACCCUUCCUUGUUCGACAUAAGCACUGCAUCUGAAGGUCAGGGCACUCUACAACAUGGACUCAGUCCAUGGAAAGUGCAGUCCAAAGUUGGGGCCCAAGAUAUUCGAUCAAUUCUUUUGAAGGGAGGUGGUGUUUUUACAUUGGCCAAGAUAUAUCAAUUGUUAGCGAGUAAAUUAUCUGGGAAAGUUCUUGUAGAAGCUGCCAACUACCAGGUUAAGAAAGAGUUGGUGAAGAAGGGUGGGCAGUUAGCUAUGAUUAAUCUAGAAUCCAGAGCAGCCUUGCUUGCAGCAAAACAGGUGCCUGACAGGACCGUUUGA